AUGCCUCAGCAACCCCGCCCGUUGCCCCGGCUCAUCCUCAUCCGACAUGGCGAGACCGAGUGGUCUAUCAAUGGACGGCAUACCGGAGUGACUGACAUCCCGCUCACGCCCCGCGGCGAAGCAACCAUUCUCCAACGUCGCGAACAGAUAGUUGGUCCCGGCAAGCUGAUUGAUCCCGCCAAUCUGUGCACCGUCUUCGUCUCGCCUAGGCAGCGCGCCCACAAGACGUUCCACUUGUUGUUUGACCACCUGCCCGAGCUGCCGAAACACGAACUUACCCCAACAGUGCGCGAGUGGGACUACGGCGACUACGAGGGGCUGGACCCGGAGGGUAUCAAGGCUGUUAGGCCCCCCGGCGCACCGACCUGGGACAUCUGGCAGGAUGGCUGCCCUGGAGGCGAGAGUGUCGCUGAUAUGACGUGCAGAGCAGACGACGUUAUCUCGAAGGUUCGAGAGUAUCACAGGGCUUGGAAGGAGGAGGGCAAAGGGUCCCGCGAUGUGGUGAUUUGCGCCCAUGGCCAUUUUAACAGAGUCCUUAUAGCUCGAUGGAUGAAUAUGCCCCUGUGCCUGGGAACGCAUUUCAACUUCGAGCCUUCUGGAGUUGCCGUGCUCAGCUAUAACCACAAUAAUCUCGCCGAACCUGCUUUGAAUGGCUUGAAUUUGUACGCGAUGUAGCCGACGAGUUGUAAGCUGUCGAUUAUCUCUGUAGCGUUCUGGUGCAUUCG